AUGGGUUUCCGUCUCCUCCGUCAGCAUGGCUACGAUGUCACUCCAUCCGUGUUUAAGCACUUUGAGACCAAGGAUGGCAAUUUCUUCUGUUUCCCCAUGGAGACCAACCACGCAUCUGUCACCCCGAUGUACAACACUUACCGUGCUUCGCAGUUCAUGUUCCCUGGUGACGACGACGUCCUGGCACGGGCCGGGCGCUAUUGUCGUGCAUUCCUCCGAGAGAGACAAGCCUCCAACAAACUGCACGACAAGUGGAUCAUUACCAAGGACCUGCCGGGCGAGGUCGAGUACACACUGAACUUUCCCUGGAAAGCAAGUUUGUCACGAAUUGAAACAAGGAUGUAUCUGGAUCAGUACGGAGGCAACACAGAUGUCUGGAUUGCUAAGGUCCUCUACAGAAUGAAUCUUGUGAGCAACGACAUGUACCUUAAAAUGGCAAAAGCUGAUUUCAGAGAAUAUCAAAGACUCUCCCGACUUGAGUGGAAUGGCCUCAGAAAGUGGUAUUUCAGGAACCAUCUGCAGAGGUAUGGUGGGACUCCAAAGAGCGCGCUCACGGCUUACUUCUUAGCUUCAGCAAAUAUCUUUGAACCUAGCCGAGCAGCAGAGCGUCUAGUAUGGGCUCGUGUGGAUGUGCUUGCUGAGGCGGUUACAGCUCACUUUCGACACAUUGGGGGUCCAUGCUAUUCAACAGAGAAUCUUGAAGAACUUAUCAACCUUGUUUCAUUUGACGAUGCUUUUGGCGGUCUUCGUGAAGCUUGGAAGCAGUGGCUCAUGGCAUGGACUGCAAAGGAGAGCCAUGGAUCCGUUGAUGGAGAUACAUCACUGUUGUUCGUUCGCACCAUCGAGAUCGUCUCAGGAAGGAUUGCUUCAACCGAGCAGAAACUGAACCGUUGGGAUUAUUCCCAGCUGGAGCAGCUCACCUCUUCCAUCUGCCACAAGCUUGCCACAAUAGGUCUUGCUCAGAAUGGGGCAAGUAUGGAGAACACAGAGGGCUUACACCGGCAAGUGCAUUUGGAGAUGCAAGAACUAUCUUGGCGUGUUCAUCAGGGUUGCCAUGGCAUCAACAGAGAGACCAGACAGACAUUUCUCAACGUGGUGAAAAGCUUCUAUUACUCGGCUCAUUGCUCACCUGAAACAGUUGAUAGCCACAUCGCAAAGGUCAUAUUCCAGGAUGUGAUUUAG